AUGAAUUAUAAAAUAUCUGUUGAUACAUCUUACCCUGACCAAGUUUUGUAUGCUGGAGAAGCCACGCUGGGUAAAAAUCAGAGAAAGAGCAUAGCGAAACAAAAACGAAUAAUCCAGAGGAAAAACAUAAGCAAAGCAGUGUGCACCUUAUUAAAUUCUGGAGGAGGAAUAGUGCGGGUGGGCUUUGCAGACAAAGACUACAACUACAUUCAAGAUGGAUUACCAGAAGACAUUAAAACAAUACUAUCUGAACUGAUUUCUUCUUUACUUUUGCAGGAUUACCUUGAUCUCAUUCAAUGUCAGUCAUUUUUACUUAUUUUUGUUAAAACCUGGAGUACUCAGAAUGGCUUUCCAAAGCUCUGUAGUCUAGACACUGGACUAUAUGUUCGAUCGGGUACCUCAACAAUAAAGUCAGAUGGUAUGCAGCUGUUGAACCGUGCUAGAGGAAAUGUGAAGAAGGCCUGUCGCUCUUCAGGUGCCUCUUGGCAGCCAAAUCAAAUCAAACAUUGGUUGGAUAAACCUCACCUUUGCUUGGGUGAAAAUCUCGGACUGACUGAAUCAGAACACGUAGAAUUCAAAGAUUUUUCAAAAGGAAAACUGGAAGUUAGGAUGAAAGAAAUAAUAAAACUUUAUUUCUCAGCCUUUGGGAACAGUGAUGGAGGAUAUAUGAUUAUUGGUAUAGAUGACAAUGGAAUAAUUACGGGCUGUGGAAAGGAUUUAACGAAACCUGAACUUGAAGAGUGUAUAAAAAGGGCCAUUGACAAAUUGAAAAUUGUCCACUUUUGUGAUUCCAGUGAUCAGGAUUCCAGUGAUCGGGAUUCCAAUGACCGCUUCUAUACCCUAACUAUUAAAGACGUAAAGGACACUGACCAGGGAGAUUCAGGCUACGUUAUCUUUCUGGAGGUGAAGCCAGUGUGUUGCCUUGCAUUUGCUCAUGAUCCACAGUCUUGGAUACUUGAUGCUGAUCAAAAGGAAAAGAGAUUGUCAGCUUCUAAGUGGGCAAAGAUAAUGACUAACGAACCGUCAGAAUCUUUAAAAUCACAAUUUUAUCGUCUGUGUAUUGGGGAAAGACCACCCCUGGCAAAGACCGUAUGCAUAAAGAAAGGCCUUGAAAAUCUGCAGGAACUUCAGGAUAACAUACUAGGCAAAUUCUACUUGUACUCUCAUAUCCACGUAAUCGACAUUGUGGAAAUGUGGAAAAUGGGCCUUCCAUUUACUAUCAUAAAGAGCCUAUGGCUACUCUACCAUCAGUAUCCUCCUCCCGCAACCUGGAAGUUCGAGGGAACGGAGGAUCACUUCGGUACCGGCUGCGCAAUGAGAGCAGCUGACAGAUCGUCCAUAUUUGAGCGCAAGGUUUGGAGCUGUUUGGAGAAUAGGAUUACAAUAAAACCAGAUCAUUUAUACUCAGAACUUAAAGAGGAAUACCCUGGGCUAGAAGGUCUGCUGCAGACUGUGGUAGCAAAUGAAGAAGGAGUGAUUAUUCUGUCCAGAAGUUGGGCUGUUGACCUUGAGGAGAAAAGCAACCGAAAUGUUGUAUGCGAUGCUCUGCUAUUAUUCUCUGGGAAGCAUCCAAACCUCUGCUCUGUGGUUAAAGGAAAGGUCUCUCAAACAGAAUAUGAAUAUACACUUGGUACAGCCCGUGCCUUGAAGAAGAAAUUAGUUAACUUAGGAGGUUACACCAGAAAGCUUUGUGUUAUUCCGGCUGUAUUGCAGCUGAAUUCUGAAAACCAUGCGCCUCCUUUCUCAGAUAUUACAUAUCCUGAAACAUACAAAUUGGGUGAUUCUAAGGCUGUGAAAGAACUGCUCCCAUAUCUUUUAAUAGUCAUGCUCAGUUUUAGAUCAUAUUUUGAUGACAAUAUUGGAAUUGAGCAUUUUAAUCUACUUACCACAGAGCAGUAUAAACUGCUGUCCAAAAAAUGUGUUAAGGGUCCUUUUUUUGUACAUGGACCACCAGGAACUGGGAAGACUGUUGUUGCUCUGGAGAUAAUCAAGAAAAUGAAAAAUACAUUCAACUGUUCGCCUGAAAACAUACUCUUCAUCUGUGAAAAUCUGCCUUUGAGACAAUAUGUACGGAGUAAAAAAAUUUGUCACACUGUGACAAGACGGAGCUUUGAGAUAAAAGGUUUUCCAAAUGUUAAACACAUUGUUGCUGAUGAGGCUCAAAAUUUCCAGGUUGAGAACGACAACUGGUUUGAAAAGGCAAAACGAAUCAUUGAAGACGCUGGGGGGAGAGGUGUUUUUUAUGUAUUUCUUGAUUACUUCCAGUUAUGCCAUACAAAAGACACAGGUCUUCCUCAGCAGGAAAGGUGCAACAUCGAAACCUUGACCAAAAUAAUUAGAAUCCCAGAAGAGAUUUAUAAUUAUAUUUUUGAGUCCAUGAGGAAGAUUGCUUCCGAACAAGCAUUCCCUUUGAUGAAUGAGAUCAUAGAAGAGACUGAAUGUUGCCAUGGAGUAUCAGGACACUAUGAACUGUGUGAUGGAAUCAAUGAGGCCGAAAUUGUAAAGCGUGUUGCCGACACCUGCAAGGAAUACCUUUCUACUGGUUAUACACAAGGAGAUAUUGCCAUUUUGUGCAGCACAACAAAUGCGGCAAAAAAGUACAGACCCUUAUUUGAAGAAGAGAUGAAGGAGGCAACAAAGAAAUUAAGAGCAAGAGUGAACCCAUUAGUAAAAGCAGAAGACAUAAUGAAGAAUGCUAUUGUGCUUGACAGUGUUCGUCGCUUUUCUGGCUUGGAACGCCCUAUUGUAUUUGCAAUUAACCCUGUUUGUGCAGAUAAUAGAGUUGAUGAUAAUCUGUCUCUCUGUGCUGCCUCACGAGCUACAGCAAGUUUUCAUUUAUAUUAUGAACCAUAA